ACCACACUGGAGAACCUAGAAGAAAUGGAUAAAUUCCUAGACACAUAUAAUCCACCAUGACUGAAUCUUAAAGAAAGGGAAAAUCUGAACAGACCAGUAAUUAAUAAAAUGAAUCAAUAAACAGUCUCCCAUCAAAGAAAGGCCCAGGAGCUGAUGGCUUUAUAGGUGAUUUCCUCCAAACACAUUAAAGAACUAAUCACCUGCUCUCAAACUUCCUAAAGAUUGAAGAGGAAGAAACAUCUUAAACUCACUCCUCUUACAUAGCUAGCAUCUCCCCAGUACCAAAACCAGACAAGAACACUACAAGAAAGGAAAAUUACAGGGCAGUGUCUCUUAUUAACAUAAAUACAAAAAUGCUCACCAAACUACUAGCAAACCAAAUUCAACUGCACAUUAAAAGGCUCCUUCACCAAGACCAAGUGUGAUGCAAAACAAGUCCAAAUACAUGAAUCAAUAAAUGUGAUGCAUCACAUUAAUAGCAUGCAAGACAAAAAUCAUAUGAUUAUAUCAUUAUAUACAAAAAAAGGCAUUUAACAAAAUUCCACAUUUUUUCCUGAUAGAAACUCAACAAAUGGAAUGCACCUCAACAUAAUAAAAGCUGUAUAUGACAGCCCGCAGCUAAUGUUAUACUUGGUGAAUAUUUGAAAGUUCUGGGACCAGUCUGAUUCCCUACAGCAGCAUGUGCCCUGUCCAGGUACUGAAGCUGGAGUUCUUUCCUAUUUUUUCUCAGUGUCUUUUGUUCAGGCCUGGUCUGAUCUUUAUUAACUUCUCAAGCUAAAGUAUCUUACCAUUUUUCUCUUACUUUCCAACUAAAGGUUUUUCCUGUAAAAAAUAUUGAAGGGUUUUUCUCUCUAGAACAAGACAAGGAAUUCCAUUUUCACUACUUCUUGACCGAGCACUGGAUGUCCUAGAUAUAGCAAUAAGGCAAAAGGAAAAAAAAUUUAAAACAUACAAAUAGGAAAGGAAGAAAUGAAUCUGUCACUAUUAGCUAAUGACAUAAUUUUCUCUAUAGAAAACCCUAAAGAGUCUAUCAAAUAAUUGUUACAAUAAACAAGUAUUGAAACUUGCAAGAUACAUAAUUAACACAAAAAAUCAAUAACAUUUCCACAUACAAAUGAACUACCUGAGAAAGAAAUCAAGAAAAUGAUCCUGCUGUCAAAAAAUAAGACAAAAUCUUUGGAAUAAAUUUAACUAAGAAGAUGAGAAAGAUCUACAUCUGAAAACCAUAACAUAUUGAAGAAAAACAUUGAACAAUACACAAAUUAAAUAGUUCUUAGUUCAUGGAAGAAUUAAUAUUAUUAAAAUGUCCAUACUACCCAAAGUAAUCUACAGAUUCAGUUCAAUCCAUGUCAAAAUGUCAAUGUCAUUUUUCACAGACAUAGAAAAAUACAAUCCUAGUAGUCACGUAGAACCAUAAAUAACCUUAAGUAACCAAGCCAAUCUUGAGCAAAAAGAACAAAGCUGGAGGCAUUAUACUAUACCACAAAGUGAUAAUAAUUAAAACAGCAUGGCAUUGACAUAAAGACAUCAACCAACCAAACUGAAUACAGAACCCAGAAAUGAAUCUAUACAUUUAUGGUUCAUUGAAUUUUUUUUUCUUUUGGUGGUACUGUGGAUUGAGCCUUACAAGUCAAUUGCUCUAUAUCCUCAGUCUGGUCAAUUGAUUUUUUAUAAAGUUGCCAAGAACAUAGAAUGAGAAAAUGAUAAUCUCUCAAAAGAAAUGUGUUGGGAAAAUAGGAUAGCCACAUACAGAAGAAUGAAAUUGAACUCAUCUCAUAGCAUAUACAAAACAAACUAAAAGUAGAAUAAAGGCUUAAACAUAAGAUCUGAAACUAUAAAACUACUAGAAGAAACACUGGAGAAAAGCUAUUGUAACACUGGCCUGGAUUUUUUUGAAUUUGACCCUAAAAGCUCAAGCAAUGCAAGUGAAAAUAGAGAAACAGAAUUACAUCACAUUAAAAUGUUUCUUCCUAGCAAAGGAACGGUUGUAUAAUAAAGAGACAACCUACCGAGCCAGGCCUGGUAUUCCAGGCCUGUAAUCCAUGCACUUAGGAAGAUGAGGCAGGAGGAUUACAAGUUUGAGACCAGCCUGGAAUGCAAAGUGAGACACUCUCUCAAAAACAGAUGAAGAAACUAUUCAACAUGGAGGCGGGGGUCAAUAAGCUGGAACUGAUGUUGCAGAAAGCUGACUCUGAUCUGGGUUACAUUCAGUACAGGCUGGAAUGUGAAAUCAAGACUAAUCAUCCUGAUUCAGCAGUUGAGAAAAAUCCAGUUACACUCUUAAAGGAAUUGUCAGCUAUAAAGUCUCGAUACCAAACUUUGUAUGCACAUUUUAAACCCAUUGCUAGUGAGCAGAAAGAGACCAAGAGCCGCAUUUAUACUACUUUGAAUAAGACUAUGGCCAUGAUACAAGAACUACAAAAGCAUACUGAUGUGGAGCUGUCGUCACUGACUGAAGAAGAAAAAACUGUGACAGAGCAGUUAAAAUCUCACAUGCCACACUUACGAAGAAGUGGAAUUGCAAAAGGGAACUGUAAUUAUGAAGAGAUUAAUUCCAGAGAAAAACAGGAAGAUGUGUCGUUAACAGUUCAUGAGUAGAGGUGGGGGGCUGGUAAAGGAGGAAGAGGAGGUUGGGCUUGAGAGACAGGGUCAUGAUGCCUUUCAUAAAAGGAGGAUUAACAAGAGCAGAUAUUAUACUAAUAAAGUUCAGCCAAAGGAUGGAAUGGAAAUAAAAGGAUUUAAAUAUCUAUACCUUAUUUAGUUUUGUAAUUUUAGGUAAGGAAGUCCUUUAAUACUAAUUUGCAUCUGUUUUCUUUUUGUAUUGUUGGGAUAA